AUGACUGACCGCGAAUCGCACUUGCUUCUCCUCCUCUCCGACAGCAACCUCCCGACUGGAUCGUUUGUCGCGUCUUCGGGACUGGAAUCAUUCCUCACCCACGGAUUUGGCGCGGGGUCCGCCAACAAACUGGACUUGGUGACCACUUUUGUGAGGGACAGCUUGUCGACCUACGCGCCAAGCGCGCUCCCGUUCGUGUCUGACGCGUAUAUGACUACCCUCCGUCUUGAGGAAACCGACGAAAGCCAAAUUCUUGCAGACCUGGAAACGAUUGACGCGCUCUACGAGUCCAUGACGCUGAACCAUGUCGCCCGUCGCGCCUCUGCUGCACAAGGCGUAGCCCUUCUCACAUUAUAUUCCAAAGGAUUCAGCCGACCACCUAAUAGCUCUGGCACCGAAACUGCUGCAGAGAAACUGUUAUCAGCGCUUAUCGCCUCAUACAAACGGCGCGUGAGGCAAAGCGACGGUUCAGCCUUUGGGCAUCUGCCUAUUUGUUGGGGUGUCAUCUGUGCCGCUCUUGGCCUCUCACUUGAACGAACCCAGCACUUGCAUCUUUUCCUCCAUGCGCGUGCAUUGCUCUCUGCUGCCGUCCGCCUCAAUGCUAUCGGGCCCUACGCUGCUCAACAACUUCUGCUCCAUACCGUCAAUGGUUUUGUCGAGGCACAACUCUCUAAAUGUGCACGAUUACGAGCACGUGCUGGGGGAAACAAAGACUGGGAUGAAACCCAAGAUGGGCCAACAAAUACGUGGCCAUUGGGCGAAUUACUCGCUGCGCGACACGAUCUACAACAUUCGCGCAUUUUUAACAGCUGA